AUGGAUUCAGGUAUUGAUGAGGCUACUGUUGAAGACAGCCACAGUCCAGAAUCCCUAGAACAUGAGUCUGAGUCUCUCAAGUUACAGCAAGCCAGUCUGGAUAACAAGUGUGCUGAUUGGAAGUCAAUGAGUUUCAGUGCAAUACCGCUGCAGCGCAAACCCAUUAAUGCUAAUGUAGAGAUGGAGCCAGUCAGCCCGAGUCAAGGAUUCAGGCCAUCAAAUCUGCAAGGCAUUGAUGAGGUUACUGUUGAAGACAGCCACAGUCCAGAAUCCCUAGAACACGAGUCUGAGUCUCUCAAGUUACAGCAAGCCAGUCUGGAUUACCACUGUGCUGAUUUGAAGUCUAGGAGUUUCAGCGCAAUACCGCUGCAGUGCAAGCCCAUUGAUGCUGAUGUAGAGAUGGAGCCAGUAAGUCCAAGCCAUGUAUUCAGACCAUCGACUCAUCAAGGUGUGGAUGAGACUACUGUUGAAGACAGCCACAGUCCAGAAUCCCUGGAACACGAGUCUGAGUCUCUCAAGUUACAGCAAGCCAGUCUGGAUUACAACUCUGAUUUGAAGUCAGUGAGUUUCAGCGCAAUACCUCUGCAGUCCAAGCCCAUUGAUGCUGAUGUAGAGAUGGAGCCAGUCAACCCGAGCCAUGGAUUCAGGCCAUCAAAUCCGCAAGGUAUUACAAAGAUUAGCAUAAACUCGAUCAGCAUUAUGGCAGAAGAGACAGUUGACCUAACAACUAUCCCAGAAAGCACCAGGUCUGGUGAAACCAGAUGGAGAGUAUGGGAGAAGUCAAGAAAGGCACCAAUAGUAACAGAUGCAACGUUGGUAUUCCGAAGGCAGAGAAUUAUUCCUGACAGUGACUACAUCAUCACUAAAACAAACAACUUAGUAAAGAUACCACCACAGAGUCUGGUGACAAAGCUAAGAGCAGAAUUACUAUCCAUGAAAGAUCACGUAUUAGUAUGGGAUGGCUAUGGUGUUUUUGACUGGAACGCAUUGAAUUCACUGAACAAUUUGUAUGAAGAGAAAUUAGUUGCUAAGGAAGUGCAAGAAGAGUUUGCCUGGAUAAGGAAUCAAAGUGUGGAGACAACGGGUAUAAAUCAGUUCAUGUUUAAGGUGUGGCAUGAUAAGGUCUCCAACAAAGACAGAGAGUCAAUUCUGUGCAACAGGCUACUGACAGAUGGACUGAUUCAAGAAGUGUUGGAUAUUUGUAACGAGAGAAGCACAGAAGCAGAUGGCAGAAAACAGUUCCUUAUUCUGAACAACUUGGGAGAUAGUAUCGUGAAAGAAAGAACAACAAGUGUACAUAUUGUAAUAAACGUAACCCGCAAGAAGUCUAAUGUAUAUGUUACUCCUGCGACAGAAAAGGAUAGUCAUUGGACUUACCUAUGUGUAAAUUGUGAAACCAAUACAGCCAUUUACAAUGAUUCUCUAGGAUGGGAUAUUCCAGUGGACUUAAAACAAAGAUUAUCUUGUAUUUUUAGUGAUGUUAGAGGAAUGGCAAUAAAGGCACUUCAUGAACCAGGUCAAACAUUGAAACACAUAUGUUCUGCAAACUGCAGCAAGUAUGCCCCGUUUCAAAGCUGUGGUAGUGUUUGUGGCGUUGCUGCACUAAGUCUGUGCAUUCUUAGUUUUAACGAAGUCCUGUGGGAAAAAACAGUAACAAGUGAAAACUGUGAAAUAGAUGACAAGAGCGUACUUAGUUUGAUAAGAAAUCCAACAAGAUUUUCUGAUGAGCUUCGGAUGACUAUAAUGUCUUGUCUUGAACGAAGGGAUAUAGCUUUGGAUGUUUUAAAAGAAUUUGCCCAAAAUGCCUCAACAACCUCAAACAAACAAGUUUAUACUAAAAGUCCUUGUGAAACCAUUAUUAAAAAAGACACAGGGAAGGAAACACUUAAAAUUGAUAUGAGCGACCUAAUACAAAGUGCUUUAAAGCGUAAGCAUGCUAAAGACAGUAAAGAAAAAGUAAAAAAAGUGAAAAAGAUGCUGAUGAAACAAAAAGAUACAAAAACUGUCCAAGAAAUUCCUAAAGUUUUGAAAAUAUCAGAACAUUUUCAAAAUCUUAAUUCAGAAUGCACUGACCAAAGACAGAAUUCAGAUAUUAACAAUACAGAUUCAGCUGAAAACAAAAUAGAACAUCCUGAAAAGUGUAUUCAGGAGAAAAUAAAAACAAAUAUAUAUGAUAAGGACCGGCAUGAUGUGAACAUACCAGAACUGGAAGUCAGUGGAACUGGGAAUAAUAAUCACUGUACUGAAAAGCAAGCUCCAUUAAAUAUGUUUGAAAAAAAGCUGUUAAAAAAAGUUUUGAAAAGAAAGAAGGACAAGAAAGAGCCAAAAAAAUCCAAGGAAAAAAGUAGAAAAUUAAACCAUACUAUUAAGUCUCUUUUUGUAAAGAUGAAGAAUUCUAAGGUUACUUCUGAAUUAGGAAAGAAAGAUACUUAACUCUAAACUUUUACAGACUUUGUAUACACAAAAGGAUUGCCAUUCAAGGGUCUCUCAAGAAAGUUUUACAAGAGUAUUGGCAGAAACAUUGGUAAAAAUAUUAAAAGAAACACAAACCGAGUAAAUAACCCGAUUAUUGAAGCAGAGGGAAAAGUGGUUGGACUAAAAAGACCGAGUCAAGAAGGAUUUAUAAAUAAAAGUGCACCUACAGUGUUAAGUAAAGAAACAGUAAGUCAGGUGGAGGAAUUUAUGAAUGAAAAUGGCCCACUUAUCAAAACACAGAGUGUAUGUGACUUUUACCAGUCUUUAAAAGAAUCAAAAUGCAGACUUAUGUCAAGUGAACUGAUAGAGAAACUUAGUAAGUACAUAGAUAUAAAACAAAUAUAUGUAAAUGGAACUGAAUUCCAUUUUGUAGGUACAGUUACAGUUAUUUGCUUGAAUCAUGUUUGUGAAUCUCAAAACUACAAUUUCAAGUGAAUAUUAUUAUAUAUUUAUUGGAGGCUGAAGAACAGUGCCCAAUUAGUUUCUAUUCAAUAGCAAAAUAAAUCUAUAAAAAUUCAGUCAUUAGUUUGACUUCUAAUAUGGGUAUCCAAAACCCUAAUGUCAUACAAAAGGCUGCUUUGCAUAUUGUCUUAAAAUUUUUGAGAUUGCUUCUUAACACACUGUUUUGAUUUUCUAUCCAUAUUAUUCAGUUUUUGUUUCAAGUUUGUUUAUUUUGCAAUGUUUGUUUAUUUUGCAAAUGUCAAGCAUAGAAUGAUAUAUACUAAUAAUGCUUAGUAUGGAAGUGGUGAAAAAUUUAUAGUUGCUAGGCAACAGAACAUAGGUUGUAAUUUUUUUGUGGAUAUUGUUUUGCUUUAAUUCUUGUUAGAUUCUGAACACUCAGUUAUAUGAAAAUACUAUGUUGUUGAGGGUUUUUAAAAAGAUGAUUAAAACAUUAUAACUGUGAUUUGAAGUCACUGUUAAAUUCUGUUUGCAAAUGCAGUUUUAUGGAAUGAUUUUUUAGCUUGACUAUCCGAAGAAUAAGUAGAGCUAUCCUACUCGCCAUGGUGUCGGCGUCACACCUUGGUUAAGUUUUUCGUACAAGUCCACUUUUUGACAGUCUUUUGAGAUAAAGCUUUGAAACUUUCAACACUUGUUUACCAUCACCAUGGCCAGUUAUAGGCAAGAGCACAUAACUCCAUCAAGGAUUUUGGCUGAAUUAUGGCCCCUAUUGACUUAGAAAUCAUGGUUAAGUUUUUCGUACCAGUUCAUAUUUUGACAAAGUCUUUCGAGAUAAAGCUUUAAAACUUUCAACACCUGUUUACCAUCAUCAUGUCCAGUUAUAGUCAAGAAUACAUAACUCCAUCAAGGAUUUUGGCUGAAUUAUGGCCCCUUUCUACUUAGAAAUCUUGGUUAAGUUUUUCGUACCAGUUCAUAUUUUGACAAAUUCUUUUGAGAUAAAGCUUUGAAACUUUCAACACCUGUUUACCACCACCAUGUCCAGUUAUAGGCAAAUGUACAUAACUCCAUCAAGGAUUUUGGCUGAAUUAUGGCCCCUUUCUACUUAGAAAUCUUGGUUUAGUUUUUCGUACCAGUUCAUAUUUUGUUUAAAGUGUUUGACAUAUGGCUUUGAAACUUUUAUCUUUUGUUCAGUAUAAUAGUCUCUAUCUGUAGGAAAGAGUACAUAACUCUGUCAUCUAUUUUGGCUGAAUUAUUAUGUCUCCCCCAGGAGACAUAUUGUUUUUGCCCUGUCCGUCCGUCCGUCUGUCCGUCCGUCCGUCCGUCCGUACGUCACACUUCAUUUCCGAGCAAUAACUGGAGAACCAUUUGACCUAGAACCUUCAAACUUCAUAGGGUUGUAGGGCUACUGUAGUAGACGACCCCUAUUGUUUUUGGGGUCACUCCGUGAAAGGUCAAGGUCACAGGGGCCUGAACAUUGAAAACCAUUUCCGAUCAAUAACUAGAGAACCACUUGACCCAGAAUGUUGAAACUUCAUAGGAUGAUUGGCCAUGAAGAGUAGAUGACCCCUAUUGAUUUUGGGGUCACUCCGUCAAAGGUCAAAGUCACAGGGGCCUGAACAUUGAAAACCAUUUCCGAUCAAUAACUAGUGAACCACUUGACCCAGAAUGUUGAAACUUCAUAGGAUGAUUGGUCAUGAAGAGUAGAUGACCCCUAUUGAUUUUGGGGUCACUCCGUCAAAGGUCAAGGUCACAGGGGCCUGAACAUUGAAAACCAUUUCCGAUCAAUAACUAGAGAACCACUUGACCCAGAAUGUUGAAACUUCAUAGGAUGAUCGGUCAUGAAGAGUAGAUGACCCAUAUUGAUUUUGGGGUCACUCCGUCAAAGGUCAAGGUCACAGGGGCCUGAACAUUGAAAACCAUUUCCGAUCAAUAACUAGAGAACCACUUGACCCAGAAUGUUGAAACUUCAUAGGAUGAUUGGUCAUGAAGAGUAGAUGACCCCUAUUGAUUUUGGG